AUGACAGAUACAGGGGGAGAAGGAGAAGCUCCGGUGAGAGUGAAGGAGGUUGGGACAACCUCAGUUUUGUGUCCGAUGCUCACAUCCACUAACUACACCGUGUGGGCAAUGCGUAUGAAGGUUGUCUUACGCAUCCACAAAGCCUGGACUGUGAUUGAUCCAGGAACCGAUGUCAAUGAAGAAAAGGACUGCCUUGCCAUGGGUUUGCUAUAUCAAGCCCUACCAGAAAACCUCAUAAUGCAGAUUGGAGAUCAGGAUUCAGCCAAGAAAUUGUGGGAUGCGAUUAGAGCACGUAAUGUGGGCGCAGAUAGAGUCAAAGAAGCGAGAUUACAAACCUUGAUGUCGGAAUUCGAUCGCCUGAAGAUGCUCGAGUCAGAAACAAUCGAUAGCUUUGCCGGAAAGCUGUCCGGAAUCGCGUCUACAUCGUCGGCAUUAGGAGAAACGAUUGAGGAAUCAAAAUUAGUGAAGAAAUUCCUCAAAUCAUUACCCAGAAACUUCAUUCACAUCGUUGCAUCUCUUGAACAGGUACUAGAUUUAAAAUCGGUAGGGUUUGAAGACGUAGUGGGUCGAUUGAAGGCAUAUGAAGAAAGAAUAAGGGAAGUCGAUGCUGGAGAAGGACAAUCGAGGGUUCUAUUUGCCGAAAAAUCGACCGGAGAUGGAGGUGGGUCGUCGACUGGUGGGGGUAACUCAUCGGGAACGAAGGGAAAUUGGAAAGGAUCGAUUGGGUCUAAUAAAGCAAAUGAGUUUAAUGGGACUAAUGGGUCAAGUGGAUCCGGAUAUAGUGGGUUAUCCAGGUCGGGCGGAUCAGGCGGGCCCAAAGGGAAUAAUAGGGUUUCUCAAAGCAGUCGGCCCAAUAAACUGUCCAAUUCUAAUUCUGAUUGCAAAAAUUGUAAUUGUUGUUGUGGGAAGAAUCGGAAAAAUAGGGAAAAGGAUCGAUCUAAGGAGAGUAGCGGAAGGUACCUAUUCAAUGAUUCAUGCGUGUUUGGAGCUGAGGUUUUUGUAGUUCCUUUGUGUACACAACAAGACAGAUGCUUAUCGAUGAUAAAGCCUCCUCCAACUAUGAAUACGUACUCUGGGACUAUUGAAAAAUUUUCCUCUGUAAAAGAAGAAAAAUUAGUGUCUGAGGUUUUCAAAGUUGGGAAAGUCAAGUGGACUCUAUCACUCUAUCCUAAAGGAAACAAAACAGGAGCAGAUACACAUUUAUCAAUUUAUUUACGAGUACAUGAAGCUGUGCUGCUUCCUGCUGAUUGGAGAGUUUAUGGAAAAUUUGAAAUUCGGGUUAAAAAAUACGGUGGCUAUGACCAUUCAGUAAUAGGAACUGAUGUGUGGUUUUCCAAAUCUGCUCGUAGUUGGGGUUAUGCAGAUAUGAUGAAAUUGAGUGAACUCCAUGACAAGACGAAGGGCUUUCUGUUUAAAGAUAGGCUUAUAGUUGAAACAAAGAUUUCAGCUGUUGGCAUUCAAAAAAACUUUAUGUGA